UUGAAGACAAUAGUGAUAUAGUCAAAUCAGGAACCUACUUCCAUUAUUUUCUUCUGCAACUCUUUUGAAAUGGUCAAUUUCAAUUUUCUAGUUUAACUCCAAUUUAGUUAUCAAAUCACCACAAACCCAGUUUCUUUAAACUGAAAUCAGCUCUGCAGUGAACAAAUUCAGUAGUACCAUGGCAAAACGUAUAGCAGUGCUAACUGUGUUUAAAAAAAUGGCUGAUCUUCGUGUCGGAAACCGGGAUUCAUUGCUAGGAGUUGAAGAUGAAAUCCAAUAUAUUGAAAGCAAUUUAAAGAAAUAUCAGUGGCUCAUUGAAGAGGAUCAACUAAGGGAAAUUAUAUAUGAUGUGGAAGAUGUGAUUGAUGAGUUGAUAAUGAGGUCAGUUCGCAGUAGAAACAUACUUGCUUUCCUUCACUAUGUUUCUGCCUUUGUUGUUUUACCUCAACAAUUAUAUUUUGUAUUGGCUCUUCUUGAUUUGCUUCAUCUUUAUAAACGUAAAAAGUUGUUGGAACAAGUCAAAUUAGAGAAACCCUUGUCAAGAGAAAAGAAAGGGGAGGCCAAGAAAGAGGAGGCCUAUUUUCCAUGGCAAUGGCAGCCACCCUUUUCCCAAUUUAACCUGAAUCUUGGUUGUACUAUUAUUUCGCCUGUAAUUCGUAAAUUUGAAGACUUGGCCUUGCAGAAACAGCUUAGUCCUUCCCUUAGAAAGCAGGCUAGAUGGUUGAGAGAUGAGUUCACAUCCUUGCAAGGUUCUUUGCACGAUAUUGAUUCUAGGGAGCUCAGUGAUGAAGCUAUGGCGUGGAUAGAAGAACUCUGUGAUGUUUGCCGCUCAGCUGAGAAUGUCGUUGGCCUCUUCGAACUUGCACAAAUGCAAAAUGGGGGAGGAGUUUUUAAAAGCUUGGUGUGGGCUCCUCAUAAUUUUAUUUCCCAACAUAAGAUUGUUCAGCAGAUGAUCCAAAUACAAAGUAAAGUCCGUGGCAUUUCUCGUAGAAGUUACGCUGCCACUCGAAUUCGAGAUCCAUAUUCUGACUACUUUGCAAGCAUACCCCGAGAAUGUGGUAUUUCUGCUGAUGAACUUGAUGCGGUAAGCUUUGAAGAGGACCUAGAUGCAAUUAAAACAGUCUUGCUCAAAGAUGAUCCCCGUUGCCUUAAAAUUUCAAUUGCGGGUCUGGGAGGCAUUGGCAAGACAAGCCUAACUAAGCUAAUCUUCCAUAACGAGGCCGUUAUAGAGCAUUUCCCCCACCGGUUUUGGAUCUCUGGAGCUAACUCAAUGGAGCAGAUUUUAGAUGCUAAUACAUCUCAAGAGUGGUGUAAAGAAAACAUGGGACAAAAGGUCCUUUCAUUAUUAGCAGAUAGAAAGUUUCUCAUAGUUGUUGAUCACUCAGUUGUAAGCGUAUUGUGGAACCAAAUCGGAGGAGUGUUCAAAGAUAUGUCGAACGGCACAAGGAUUAUUUUUCUUAUUCGAAAUAUGAAGGAAGGUCUACAAGUAAGUGAGACAAACUUUACUUACAGACUUCAUCUACGAAGCAAUAAACAAAGCUGGGCACUGUUCAAGCACAGUUUGAAGACGAACAUUCCUCCGGAGCUCGAAGCUAAACUGAAAACCGAAAUUUUAAGAAAAUGUGGGGGCCUGCCCAAGGUGAUUGUAAAACUAGGAAAUUUACUAUCACAGAGCGAUGCAACUUCUGAGGAAUGGUCAAGGGUGCUUGAGCAUCUAAUUCAAGACAAAGAACCAUGGUCAGAAGUCUUGCGUGCAAUAAACUUAUAUAUGCCUUUGUACCUUAGACGGUGUCUUUUCCACUUCGGAUUGUUUCCAAUAGGUUAUAAGAUCCCUGCAAGAAGAUUGAUCGCCUUGUGGGUUGCAGAGGGUAUAAGGGAUGAACAAAAUAGUAAAAUUCCCCCGGACUAUCUUGCAGAGAUAUGCUUGAGAGAAUUGAUAAAUUGCAACAUAGUUCAGACAACACAGAAAUUCAAUGGCAAGGUUAAGACAUGUUGCCUCCCAGAGGCUCUAAGACGGCACUGGUUCUCAAAAGCGCAGGAAACCAAUAACAGGAUAGGUGUGACACGUUAUUUGAUUGACCAUCUUGACCGAAACGAUGGCAUAUUUGAUCACAUUCAUGGUAGCAGAACAACUUCUUUGCACUCAUGUUACAGAGAAACUGUCGCGUUUUUAUCCUUUGAUACGCGGGAAGAAAGUCGAGCAGGAGAAGAUAUAGGUAACUUUCUUGAUCGAUGCAUUUCUAGCAAUUGCUUCCUUUUCUUAUGGGUACUGGACCUUGAACGCGUCUACAAACCAAAAUUGCCCAAAGCAGUAGAUCAGCUCACUCAGUUGAGAUACCUUGGUUUGAGGUGGACUUACAUGGAGAAACUUCCCAUGUUCAUUAGCAAAUUACUGAAUCUUCAAAGCUUCGAUAUAAAGCAUACUUCAAUCAAGACUCUCCCUGCUUCAAUCUGGAAGAUGCAAAAACUGAAGUAUCUGUUCCUGGACGAGACUUCUGGCUGCUCGUUUGUCCCUCAACAGGAACAUAGCUCUCUACUUGACCUGCAAACACUUCGAGGCGUCUAUGUAGAUGAGGAUAGUCCGGUGAGAAAUGGCCUGGAUACAAUGUUGAACGUUACAAAACUGGGAUUGAAAUGCAAAAUUUCAGUUCCAUCUAAAAAAGAGGAAAUGUCAUCCCAGUUAGUUGCUGUUGCUAACUGGAUUAUGAACCUAAGAGAUCUUCAAUACUUGAAGUUGAAGUCAUACGGGGAAUCGAGUGAUCAUCCACAUUCCGAUAUACUCUUGGAGUCAUUAUCAGGCAGUGUACAUCUCUCCAUUGUAUAUUUGGCUGGAAGAAUAAGGAACCCGCGUCUGCUGACAAACUUCCCAAAAAACCUCAGAAACCUCACUUUGUCAGCAUCUGGACUAAUGGAGGACCCGAUGCAAAUCAUCGACAAGCUUCCCAAACUAAGAGUCCUGAGAUUGUUGUCGAGAUCCUUUAUGGGGAAGAGAAUGCACUGCAACUUCGGAGGUUUUCCUAAGCUUGAAGUCCUUCAGUUAUGGGAGCUAGUGCAUUUUGAGGAUUGGGAAGUGGAGGCAGGAGCACUGUGUAAUCUGACAGAGUUGGAGAUGAGAUCCUGCAGAAACUUGAAGAUGCUUCCUGAUGGACUGCAACACAUUAAGAGUCUUCGAGAACUUAAGCUGAGAAAGGUUCCAAUGUUGUCAUCAAGAGUUAAGGAUAAUCAAGGUGAGGACUGGAAUAAAGUUGCCCAUGUGCGCCAUGUCUGCAUAGAAGAUUAAUAUUUCCAAAUUCUGAAUCAAAGCAUUUCUUUUAGAAAAAAUAACAAGGUGUUCCAACUUUUAAUAAUUUCUAUUUGGGUGUUCCGUACUUUUAUUAUAUUCUUUUCAUUGUUUGAACUUGUUUGUUUUGUAUCGAACUAUUAUUUUUAUUUUUGGUAUUUAUAAUCAGUUACCCCGGAUUUGUUUUCUGUCGAACAAGUGUUUGUAAUAUGUUAUAGCGGUUUUGCACGUUAAAUAAACAUAAAUUUAUGAAUUUUUAUUUAAUUUUUUUAC